AAUCACAUAAUUCUCCUAGAUCUAGCCCAUUCUGAAAGGGCAGGGAUCCUGGACUGCGUGACAAAACUGAAUCAAAAAGUAGAGCUAGAUCUUAGAAGAAAUACAUUUUAGACAUCCAGUCAUUUCUUUAAAAGUUGUCCUUUCUGGCAUUUUUCCGGAGGAGGCAGACAGAAAAUGACAGUGAGAUUAUUAAGCGUGAGCUUCACUGUGCUCUUUUUGAGCUCCUGUGUGCCCCCAGGGGCAGCUCAAAUUUCUUGCAGAAAUGAAGAUGGUGAUGCUGUAGAUUGGUUUGUGUUUUACAAGCUACCUCAGAACAGAAAACAGAAAAGUGAAAGAAGUAGAUUUGAGUACAUGUACCUGGACACGACCAUGAAAAGCUGGCAGAGAAGCAAGAGUCUAGUCAAUAUGACCCAGAGUGUCUUAGGAAGAACAUUAGAGCAGCUUUAUGAAGCAUGGGAAGCCAAGAACAAUAGCACUGCCUACCUGAUAUAUAAUGACAAAGUCCCUCACUCUAUGGAUUACAACUGGAAGCAAGGGCAUGCAAAAGGUUUCUUGCUUUGGGAUAAAUCACAGGGAUUCUGGCUGAUUCACUCAAUUCCCCAGUUUCCUCCUUAUCCUGAAGAAGGCUAUAGCUAUCCAUCUACUGGGGAAAGAUAUGGACAAAUUGGUAUCUGCAUAACUUACAACUACAGUCAAUUUGUAGAAAUAGAUUCUCAGCUGUUAAGUUGCAUUCCGAAUGUCUAUAGCUGCUUUAUACCUGCCAUCUUUCACCCAGAACUCACCUAUCUACCCAAAAUGUGUGCCCACUCCCAGCUCCCCAGGAUUCCUCACCGACGCCUUUCCAGACUUCAGUCCAUCCAAGGCCAAAACUUCUUCCACUUUGCAAAAUCACCUUAUUUUGUGGACGAUAUCUUUGUGUCUUGGAUGGCUCAACAGUUGCAGACCAGUUUGCUUGUAGAAACUUGGCAACCUAAGCUUCCAUCAAAUUGUUCUCUUUCAUACCAUGUCUAUAAUAUCAAGAGAAUUAGAAUUCCAGGACAGUCUCCUUUUAGCUCCUACUAUGAUCAUGCCAAAUGGUGUGUUUCCCAAAGAUACCACAGGAAACACUGGACAUGCAUUGGAGAUCUGAACCGCAGCCCGUUCCAGACUCGAAGAGGAGGAGGAUUCCUUUGUACUCAAAAUAAGCACAUCUAUCUUGCAUUCCGAAGCUUGAUUCUGCACUAUCAAAACUGCAAUCACUCUUAAUCAGAGGUAACUGUUAGAGGAAUGGGAAUUCUUACUGUCCUUAUGAUUUAUCCAUACCUUAUACCCUAAGAGUCUAGGAGGAUAUCUCUUGAUUAUAAAACCUUCAACUAAAAUAUUAUUUUCUUAAUACUUCGAACACAUCCCUUUCCAAGAAAACAGAGCUCAUUGUGCUAUUUUAUAUUAUUAUGUGGAAUUUAAAUUGUAGGAAAAAUAAUUCACCAUGAGAAGAAGUCAACUCUCAAUGAUUCAACUGAUCAUCCAGUGGUCUGAUUGACUAGAUCCUUUGAUUGCUUUUUGGGAUAAUUCAUUUCUCAUUGAUGUCUUUACCUGAAGAUGGAUAGGUAAAUAGGAAGGACCCAAUAUCCACGGUCUAGAAAAACCUAUCUUCUCCAUUGCUAACUCAAUUAUCCAAAGGACAAAUACUCUUCUUGAUCUGAGUCCCUGAGUUUCAGUCCUUAAAACCAUCCUGAAUCUAUCAAGAAUUCUCCAAUGUUUUGGCCUCAUUGGUACUCUCUUACACAAUCUAUUAAGUCCUGAAGCAAAAUUUAUCAGUUAGACUUUUUGGCCAGUUCAUCCCUCAAUGAAGAAUCAUGUGACUCAUCAGUAGAACUCAGCCUUGUUGUCCAGGCUAACAAGCUACUCUUAGAUUUGACCCUUCUCAUCUUUACUCUUUGGCUGCUUAUCACCAACAAAGAGGAAAGUUUAGUGGAAAGAAUAAAGGAAUUGAGAGGCGAUAAGCAGUGCAGUGGUUAGAACACUGGGCUUGGACAUAGGGAGACCUGAGCUCUACUCUCGCCUCAGACACACUGACUGACUGAUCCUGGAUAACUUACACUCUGCUACUGUUUCCUUAUGUGCAAAAUAAGAAUUUUAACACCCCCUGCCUUUAGGAGUUGUUAUGAGAA